AAAGAAUUAUAUGAAAAGUGUAAUUUUGACUGAAAAUAAAAUGCAAAACGCAAAAAAAAAAAAAAUCGAAAAGCAAAUUUACCUACAUAUUUUUUUGUUAUUUUUGUGUGGUGAAAUAAAAUGAAGGAAUUAUACCAAAAUGCUUCUCCAAGCAAGCAAUAAAUAAAAUUACACCAAAAUUAUACAAAUUUUUUUUUUGUUUCUUUUGUGUUUAUGGUAAACAAAUUAAAAAAAUAUAAAUUUGUGCACCAAAAAUUAAGUGAAUUAUUUUGUGUAAUUUGCUGCCUUCGGAAAAGAUUCCAUUGGAAAUAAUUAAAGAAUGGAUGUUCCAUCAAAUUUCAAGAAGAUGCGGCGCCAACAUAAGACAUACACUCUGUGGAAGUUCAGAGUGUAAAAACCAGGAAAUCAAUGAAUUAAUAGCCCAAAGCAAAUUGCAAAAUGAACAAGCUAGACGCAAAGCUGAAUAUGCAACUCUAGAUGUUCGAUUUACACGCAGUUCAAGAGGCAAUAAUCUAUUAACAAUCGAUGGCAUGCGAUUCACUUUAAAUCGCAAAAUGAAAGAUGCCCAAUAUUGGGAAUGUGUUAAGUUGCGAUGCAAAAAAACCAAAUGCAUUGCCAGAGUUAUAUCCAAAGAUGGACAAGUUGUAUCAAUGCGUGGCACCCAUAAUCAUAUCUAAAUUAAAUUUUUUAAUGUUUUAAAUGUUAAAUCAAUUAAAAAAAUAUAUAUAAUAGAGAGAGCUUUAAUUUAUUCCAAUAAAUUUCAAAAAAGAAAACUGUCAUCAUGAACAAAAAAAAAAUGUGGUGGAGGAAUUUGGCUGGAUACCAAUUACCAAUAUCUGCCAAAUCGUCGAGGUGGCUUAAAUUUAAUUUAUAAUGGCUUUUUAUACACGGCCGAACGCAAAUACAAUAGCACAGUCAACUGGGUGUGCAACAAAAAUAGCAAUUCCCAGCUUAAAUGCCCCGCCAGAUGUGUGACCUCAGGUCACAAUACAAUUAAAUUAAGUCGUAAAACACAUAACCACGAACCUGUAAUAAGCAAUUAUGAUUCAGAUAAUAUUUAUCCUCAUCAAAUUCACAAGAGUAAAAAUAAUUAAGUGCCUAAAUCUAAGAAUAGUAUAAAAUAACAUAGAAUAAAUAAAAUAUUUAAGGAAAACAAUUAACAAUAAAUAAACAAAACGUC